GGUGCAAUUUAUUAAAGUGAGAACAUAAUAACAAUACCUUAAUUAUAAGCUCAAUCAUAUAUUUGAUCGAUGGCCAGCUUCUCAGCAAGCGAAUCGAAAUGGAAAUGGCUGUUUGUGUUGACAUUAGCGCUGGCCUUAGCUUGUCAUCAAGUUGGUGGAAAUCCACAAGAUCCUCCCGGUGAUACCCUUCCCGCAGGAACCUCUCCCAAUGGGAAUAUUCCCGGAGGAACUCCUCCUCGCCCAAACAUUCCUGGAGGAAACUUUCCGGGUGGCAAUUUUCCAGGUGGCAACUUCCCUGGAGGCAACUUUCCCGGUGGUAAUUUUCCGGGUGGCAACUUUCCGGGUGGCAGGCCUGGUGGCAACUUUCCUGGAGGAAACAUUCCGGGUGGCAACUUCCCUGGAGGAAACAUUCCGGGUGGCAGGCCUGGUGGCAACUUUCCUGGAGGAAACAUUCCGGGUGGCAACUUUCCUGGUGGAAAUUUUCCGGGUGGCAGGCCGGGUGGCAAUUUUCCUGGAGGAAACAUUCCGGGUGGCAACUUUCCUGGUGGAAAUUUUCCGGGUGGCAGGACGGGUGGCAAUUUUCCUGGAGGAAACAUUCCGGGUGGCAACUUUCCUGGUGGAAAUUUUCCUGGUGGAAACAUUCCUGGAGGAAAUUUUCCGGGUGGUAGGCCUGGUGGCAACUUUCCUGGAGGAAACAUUCCCGGAGGAAAUUUUCCUGGUGGGCCUGGUGGCAACUUUCCUGGAGGAAACAUUCCGGGUGGCAACUUUCCUGGUGGAAAUUUUCCAGGUGGAAACAUUCCUGGAGGAAAUUUUCCGGGCGGCAAUUUUCCAGGUGGAAAUUCUCCUCGUGGUAAUUUUCCAGGUGGCAACUUUCCUGGAGGAAACAUUCCUGGUGGCAAUUUUCCAAGUGGAAAUUUUCCUCGAGGAAACUUUCCAGGAAACCCCGGUAGCAACGUUCCCGGGAGAAUGUUUCCCGGUGGGGGAAGAGAAGGUGUCAAGUCCGAUCCUUAAUCCAAUCCAUAAACUAUGCAUUCAUGCAUGGUCUUAGUUAAUCUACACGACAUGCAUGUUAAUGCUAUAUAAUAAAUUACGAUCGAAUAAGUCUCAUAUAAUUAAGUAGUCUCAUGUUAUAAUAAGUGUCAUCGUAUGUAUGUUUCUAUUGUUAGCAUCUCCUUAUUAAUAAGAUCUCAUAUGUAUUAUGUAAAAGCUACACUUCGAUGAUGAUAAUAAUAUUGGGAUGUUAUUGCUAUA